GCGGCGGGGGCGGAGUUGCUCGCGAGUCCUGCAGUCUCGCUCCGCCGCAGCGACCACAGCAAAUAAACAUAAGCAGAGGAUGAAGCAAGUCUCAUGACACCUGCCUUUGCAAGCAAGCUCAGCCAAAAGUUGCUCACGUGAAACUUUGCCUGCGGAUACUGCAAGGAGUAAAUCUUCCAAAGGCAAUGGCUCACCAGAAGCUGGCAUUUGAUGAUGGAGAAGUGCCCAAAAACCCGUGAAAGUCAGGUCAUAGAACCCUGUGGAAGCAGAGGUCAAAAGAGGCCAAGAAAGAUUCAUCCCUCAAUGAAAAUUAUACAGAUGCAUCUUUGACUGUGACCGAGAUGAUUUGCCAACUUGCACACAUCUGAUCCCUUAAUCAUACAAGACCAAUAAUGUCUUUCAGUUUCAUCACCAGUAUGAUUUAGUCUCAGGUUAUUACUGAGUGUAUGUAGAAAGGAUAUCUAUGCAAAUGAAAUAUCUCGAUGCAGUGUGUGAUGGUGGGGAUAGGUUGGUAUGUGUGGCUGUUGGUGUGCUUGGCAUGGUGGGUGAUAUCAGCAGAAGCCACAGCAUCUUUCCCUGAUGACCUGCUGACCAUUGCAGUACUCAUGACUCUGCAGUAUUCCUUUAUGCUUCUCUUCAUCAUCUCGGCAGCACAUCUUUACCACACUGUCCUCCCACACCCUGCUAAUGGUAUUGUUGGCAGUUGGUUCACCUAAGGUCACCAGUCAAGCUGGUAUAGACAGACUUCACAACAGGAGAACUUUGGUAAAGAUACAGUUUUUAUGUGAAUGUUGGAAAGUUCAUUACAUGGUAUGUGUUAAAGGUUUAGAGUAUAAAGAUUUUUUUUCUCUCUGUUUCUCUCUCUCUUAAAAAAAAAAAAAAAAACAAAAAAAUCAGUUCAAAAUUUCCUUAAAAUGUGUUCUAAAACUAACAUGAAGCAGAAAUAACUUGUAUGUGAAUUUAUGCUGUUACAAUUGCUACUUAUUUAAGGUUACGUGUUGAAAGAGUCAACAGCAUAGAAAGUGGAGGCCAAUCUAGCAUGGUGGUGUCUAUGGCCGGGGUGCUUGUGGCCCUGGCAGUUGUAGCUGGACAUGUGUGGAUUGUGUAUGUCUCUGCUCCGCACCUACUGCCUCCUGAUGCCUGGCUCAUCACAGCACUCGACCUUCUGGCUCACUGGGCUUUAGUUUGGGAAAUUACAGCAUUCUGUAGUUUCUUGAAUGAUGUAGAGAUCAAAGGAACUGGAGGUGGAUUUGUUUCAGAGUUGCGAAACUGUUGGAUAUAAUGGCCUGGAAUCCUUUGAAGUUUAUAGUUUAUGCUAUGAGAAACGCUUACUUGGAAAUUGUUUUUUGCCUUCGUGAAUAAGCAAAAAUCUUUUUGUGAAGCAACUUUAAGUUUAAACAAUAUGUUCUUUUUGAGAAGUUUAAUGUGUUUAAAGCUCGUUAUGUUACAGUAAGAUGGAGAGUGCAAAUUUUGAAAAAGUUCCUAAUUCAGUUGAAGAUGCAAGAAACAUGGAAGUGAACACAGCUUUUGCUGAGACAGAAUCAAGGAGCUGUAGCUCAAGAAGACCCAGUGAAAACUUUGAAGAUGUGUUAUCAAGAGCACCAAAUGAAGGAAACAAUGGCCUUACAGUGUUUAGUUCUUUAUCAACUACUCCCACAUCUGGCACAGACUAUCAGUCCUGUAGUGACCCUUCGACACCAGAGAGAAAAACGGCCCCAGAAGAAUUGGGUCCUGCUGAAGGUCAAGCUGAAGUGGCUUGCAAUGUUAAUAUGAGUGCAAAUAUUGCAAGUAAACUGAACCAGAUAAGAGCUUCUCUGGAGAACCUGGAUUUUGUAUCUGAGUGCAGUUUUGAUGACCUUGAAGUUGCUGAAGAAGUUGCUGGUCCAACUAUUCAAGAGACUGGAUCUCAUGAAAGCUUAUCUUCAGCAAGAAGGUCAUCUUCAAAACCAUCUCUUCGUCAAGUCUUUCCAUACAUUCCAUGCCUUCCAUUUGAAAAUAAUAUUGUAUUUUGUUUUGUCUUGUCUGUUUGGGAUAAUAUUGUUGGUCCCCAGACAGUAUAUGUUUGGAAAAGAAAGUCUUUCCCAAGCCAAAAAACCAUUGAUGACAUGAUUGAUGGAAAAGAACGCAUUGAUGUAGGGGAUGUUAGCAGAAACACUGUCCAGCCUUUGCCACAGUACCAACAACAGAUUGAUGGUGAUACAUUUUUAGACAAUAGUAGUCAUCAAAGAAGUGAAGAUAAGACUCAGUCAAGGAAACUGUCAGAUCAUUUGGAACAUAAUGAUAAAUCAGAUAGUGUAGAUUGGCAGGCAGUAAAUAAUAGCCACUCAGAUAACUUAGGAAAACAGUCUCUAAAUUCACGAGAAAGGAAAGUUUCAGGGAAUAAUCAAAGCAGACAUGCUAGUGGUGAUGGAAGUUUACACUCCUUACUUCAUCGAGAGGAAGAGGGUAUCGCAAAAGACAGAGGGAGUUUUCGAGAAGCAAGAAAUGUUGAGAGAAAUGAAAGUGGACACAACCUUAAGGCAAAACCGGGAAUGGCACAAAAUCCUUCUGGAAGUUCAGGGGAGGGUGAUAUACAAG